AUGGACCGCUUCCUCAAGAAAUCGCCUGGCGGCGCCGCUGCGACGCCGCCGAGCCAGAGCUCCGGGCCCGGCAACAAGCGCGUCCUCGCCAGCUCGGACAGCGACGAGGUGCCGUCCUCAAAAAAGCGAACGCCGUCCGCCCUCAGCUCCGGGCAGCCGUCGCAGUCUCGGGUGCAGCCUGCGCUCACGCACGACGCGCCGGCGGUGCCGAUGGCGGCGCUCGGCGAGCAGGCGCGCCAGGUCAGCGACCUCGGCUUCCUGCGCGACAAGCGGGACGCGCAGGGCCGUCGCGAGGGCGAUCCGAACUUUGACCCGACGACGAUGCUGGUCAAGCUGGCCAAGGGGGAGAAGCUGACGCCGGCGAUGGAGCAGUACUGGAACAUCAAGAAGGACCACGCCGACAUGGUCAUCUUCUUCAAGAUGGGCAAGUUCUACGAGCUCUUCGAGGAGGACGCGCUGCUCGGCCACCGCGAGCUCGACCUCGCCUUCAUGGGAAAGGAUGCGCCCCACUGCGGCUUUCCCGAGGCGGCUCUGCCAAAGUAUGCCGAGAAGCUGGUGGCGCUCGGGCACAAGGUUGGGGUGGUGGAGCAGAUGGAGACGCCCGCGCAGCUCGAGGAGCGGAACAAGAAGCGCAAGGAGGCCGGCCAAAGGGUCGACAAGGCCGUCCGGCGCGAGAUCUGCUCCGUGCUCACGCAGGGCACGGCGCCGCCGCAGGGCGCGCAAGCAAAGUACGUGCUGUUCGUGUGCGAGGACCUGCCCUCGAAGACGCUCGGCGUGUGCUUCGUCGACGUCGCCACCGGCUGCGUCUCCCUCGGCCAGUGCCCCGAAGAGGAUGGCUGCCAGAAGCUGCGCACCCUCGUCGCGCAGCUGCAGCCCGCAGAGGCGAUCCUCGACGGCGAGUCGACCAGCCGCGAGGCGCGCGCGCUGCUGCAGCAGGCCGUCGCCUCCACCGCGGUCCUCGGGGACGGGCGGUACGGCGGCGCGGCCUUCGCGCGCAAGGCUCUCGACGAGGGCGGGUACUUUGGCGGCGGCGCGGCGGGCGGCGCGGGCGGCGGCGCGGCGGGAGAGUGGCCAGCGGCGCUCCAGGCGGCGGCGGCGCUCUCCCCUCCCGUCGCGUUCGGCGCGUUUGGCGGCUGCCUGCGCUACCUCCAGCGCACACUGCUCGACAGGCAGCUGCUGCCGCGCGCGGAGUUCGCGCAGUGGUUCCCGACAGACGGGGAGGGGGGCGAGGGGGCGGCGACCCUCGUGGUCGACGGCAAGACGCUGCAAAACCUCGAGGUGUUCGCAAACUCGACCGACGGAGGCACUAAGGGCACGCUCUUCGCGGCGAUCGACCGCACCUGCACCCCAUUUGGCAAGCGCGAGCUACGCCGGUGGGCGGGGAGGGUGGUGCCCAAGGAGCGCGCCAACGACGAGUACGACGCGGCGAGGCGGCGGCUGCUCGAGGUGGACGCCGGCCUGCAGCAGGAGCUGUCCCGCUGGCGGCGCGAGCUGCGCGACUCGUCCAUCGAGCUGUGGACGCCCUCCGUCGCCAACGGGCAGACGACGGAGCCCUUCCAGCUGGCGGAGUUUGCGCAGCAGAUGUCGUCCAAGAAGGGGACCAAGCGCUUCUGGACGGCCGAGCUGCGUGAGCUCGCGGGAGAGCAUCUCGAGGCGAAGGCGGCGGAGGAGGCCGCCCUCGCCGCCGCCGCCAAGCAGCUCUUCGCGCGCUUCUCCGCGCAGUACGCCAUCUGGCGCAACGCUGUCUCGUGCGCCGCCGAGCUCGACUGCCUCCUCUCACUCGCUCGCGCGAGUAGCGCCGCCGGGAUGUGCCGCCCAGCCUUCGUCGCGGAGGCGGAGCCCUUCCUUCACAUCCAGCAAGGCGUCAACCUGUGCGUGCAGUCGGCGCUGUCCGACGGGCAGUGCAUCCCCAACGACAUCCGGAUGGGGCCAGCGCCAGACGGGGCCGGCGGCGGCGGCGAGGGCGACGCGGCGCGCUUUCUGCUGGUGACGGGGCCGAACAUGGGCGGCAAGUCGACGGUGCUGCGGCAGGCGUGUCUGACGGUGCUGAUGGCGCACCUCGGCUGCUGGGUGGCGGCGGAGGCGUGCUCGCUCUCGCCCGUCGACCGCAUCUUCACGCGGGUCGGCGCGAACGACGCCAUCAUGGCCGGCCUCUCCACCUUCCGCGUCGAGCUCGAGGAGACCUCGCUCAUCCUCAAGCACGCCACCGCGCGCUCGCUCGUGAUCCUCGACGAGCUCGGCCGAGGCACCGCCACCUUCGACGGCAUGGCCAUCGCCCACGGCACCCUCCGCCACCUCGCCCUCGAGACGCGCUGCCGCUGCCUCUUCGCGACGCACUACCACGCCCUCUCGCGCGAGUUUGAGCGCGCCAACCCGCACGUCGCGCUCUUCCACAUGGCGUGCGCCGUCGACGAGGGGAGCCGCGCGGUCACCUUCCUCUACCGCUUCCAGCCCGGCGCCUGCAACCGAUCGCACGGCGCCCUUUCCCCUCGCCGCCGCCGGCUGCCCGCGCCGCCUCGCGAUGACGGGGGCGCCUCUUCACAGCGGCCGUGA